ACUCAUUUUCUGUGUGCUGUGUGCUGCUUCUGCCUAUUUAAAAUUGGCACAUAAUUUGGAAAGAGAAGACAGGCAGUGAUGGAAACUGCAGCGCUGCACUUUCUUUACUAUUUGUUCAUAGCAGUUUGUUGGUGCAGUGGUAACAUACUGCAGGCAAUUGAAUUACCCAAGUACACACUAAUACUCUCCGAAUCAGAUUUUCAGAUUAGACUCUACGAUGAAUCCACAUGGCUAUCAUCCCGUGUUUCUGGAACUUCCUUCGACCAGUCCUACAGAAUUGGAUUUCAGAGGUUAUACCAGUAUAUCCAUGGCGCGAAUUCAAAUUCUUCAAAAAUUGCAUUUACUGCUCCAGCCUUAACGAGUGUGCCGUCUUCAUCGUCACCCUCUGGGAAUGCCUAUAUUGUAAGAAUAUUCAUAUCAACUCGCUUUCAUGGGACACCUCCGCUGCCCAAUCCUGAACUGAAGCUGCGGAUAGAGAAGUGGAAAAGUCAGUGCGUAGCAGUUAGGAAGUUCAGUGGGUAUGCGAAUGAUGAUAAUAUUAACAAAGAAAUCGAAGCUCUUGUAACUACCCUAAACAAGCAAUCCAUAACAAUACAAGAUACCAACUCCUAUAUCAUUGCCAACUACAAUGCUUCCUCUCAUAAUACUACUCAACGCUUAAAUGAAGUGUGGAUAAAUGUGUCGGGAAUUGGGACGCAGUGCUGACUGUUGUUCUUCGUUGAAUUGCAGUAUCUUUUUUUUUUGUCAUUGUGCUUGGAAUGCAGUGGCGGACCUAUGUGUACACCUAAAAUUAUUAUUAAGUAUCUGAAAAAAGUUAAUUUUACCCUCUAAUUUUAUAUAUUUGACUUGUCUCACUGAUUUCAGGUCUUAGAUCCGCCAGUGUUGAAAUGGCUUGUCUCAAUGAUAUCAUGUGUGAAAUGUCUUACUGUUUCGGCGUUUGAGGAGGGUUUAAUGUAGAUAAAAGU